AUGACAGAAUACAGCGCGUGGACGUUUUCAGGCUAUCAUCCAUUAACCGCCUUUUUGCGUGCUGGUUGUGAUGUGAUUUCUACGAACACUUAUCAAGCAGCGCCCUCAACCUUGGUGAAGGCACUUGGUAUAAAUGAUGGAGAAGCGAAAAACCUUAUGCGUACUGCUGUACAUCUAGCUCAAAGAGCACGUGAGGAAGAAAAUAAUUCAGAUAAUGCAAGUGAAUUCCAACGAAAAUUGCCUGUUCUUAUUGCCGGAUCUUUAGGUCCAUACGGAGCAUGCAUUGCUGAUGGAUCAGAGUAUACUGGGACGUAUGCAAGCAAAGUUUCAUUCACUGAACUAGUGGAAUUUCACUUAUCAAGAGCACAAAUUUUAUUGGAAUCAGGAGCAGAUUUCAUAGCAUGGGAAACUGUUCCACUUUUAAAAGAGGUUUCAUCAAUAUGUGAAGUUAUGCGCAGACUACCAUCGGCAUGUUGCUGGAUAUCAGUUUCGUCACCAGAUGGUAAAGAAACAUCCGGUGGGGAUUUACUAGCUUCAGUCGCGUGUGAGGUAGCAAAGUGUGAACAGGUUUUCGGUGUUGGAGUUAAUUGUAAUAUACCACAUGAUUUUAUUGGUAAGGGACUUGCUAACUUAAAUUCACAAACAUGUAAAGAAUCAGAAAAUACUUCCAGUAAAUUACUAUUAUUUUACGCAAAUGAUGGUCGUUUAUGGAUACCUAAUAAUGGCGAUAAAAAGCAAGAACAUUUUGGUGAUCAUUUACAAUACAAUCAUGAAAGUUGGUUUCAAAACACCAUCAAAUGGGCAAAACGUCGUGAAAUUUCAGAUGAUGAACACUUACAUUAUUCAGUAAAUUACAAACCUCCUUUGGCUCAGUGGGUUGGUGGAUGUUGUAAUGUUGGACCUGAGCGUAUAAGAAGGCUUGCAAAAUGGAUGAAACCUGAUGAAUUUAUUUGCUGA